CAGAACGCCGUGGCCCACUCCAAUUUCCCCUUCCUCUUCAAAAGCCCAGAAGGCCCCUCCCUCGUCUCGGCAACAGGAACAGCAAACAGCAGGGGCACACCGCACACACGACGACACGAGCCCGAACCAGCGCGCCCCGUCACAAAGCCAAGGCGUCAUGCCGCUGCGCGCCGCGAGCGGCGCCGGCGCUGGCGCCCUGGUCGCAAUCGCCUAUGCCGCCGUCGCGCUCGCGGCGCUGCGCCUGCUGCUGUCCUACAAGUCGGCGCUCUACGCGCUGCGCCGGCUGUGGCGGUGCGCCGACGAGUGGGCGCAGGCGUACCAGUACCACGAGGUGCCGCGCUUCGCGUGCGACGGCGCCGAGAACCCGCUCUUCCGCAAGGCCGCCGCGUACGUGGCGGCGCUGCCGUCGCUGGAGGACGCCGACGCCACGUCCGUGCUCUCGUCGGCGUCCAGGACCAACGGCGGCCUCUCGCUCCAGCUCGGCCCGGGCCACACCGCGCGGGACGCGUUCCUCGGCGCGCGCCUCGCGUGGACCAACACCGACGACGACCGCCUGGUGCUGCGCGUGCGCCGCCACGACCGCACCCGCGUGCUGCGCCCCUACCUGCAGCACGUCGAGUCCGUCGCCGACGAGAUGGAGCAGCGCCGGCGCGAGCUGCGGCUCUUCGCCAACACCGGCGUGGACGGGACCACCGGCGCGCCGCGGUGGGCGUCGGCGCCCUUCACCCACCCGGCCACGCUCGACGCGGUGGCCAUGGACCCGGACCUCAAGGCCCGUGUCCGCGCCGACCUCGAGAGCUUCCUCAAGGGCCGCGCCUACUACCACCGCCUCGGCCGCGCCUGGCGCCGGAGCUACCUCCUCUACGGCCCGCCGGGCACCGGCAAGUCUACGUUCGCGGCGGCCAUGGCGCGCUUCCUGGGCUACGACGUCUACGACAUCGACCUCUCCCGCGCCGGCAACGACGACCUCCGCGCGCUGCUCAUGCACACCACCCCGCGCUCGCUCAUCCUCGUCGAGGACCUGGACCGGUACGUCCAGGGAGGCGGGGACGGCGAGGCGCGGGCUGCGAGGGUGCUGAGCUUCAUGGACGGCGUCGCCUCCUGCUGCGGCGAGGAGCGGGUGAUGGUGUUCACGAUGCGCGGCGGCAAGGACGCCGUGGACGCGGCGGUGGUGCGGCCGGGGCGGCUAGACGUGCACAUCCACUUCACGCUCUGCGACUUCGAGGCGUUCAAGGCGCUGGCCAGCAACUACCUGGGGCUCAAGGACCACAAGCUCUACCCGCAGGUGGAGGAGGGCUUCCACGCCGGCGCACGCCUCAGCCCCGCCGAGCUCGGCGAGAUCAUGCUCGCCAACCGCGCCUCACCGAGCCGCGCGCUCCGCAACGUCAUCACCAAGCUGCAGCACGUGUCCGGCGGAGGCGCGCCGCCGCGGCACCCGGCACACAAGCGUAACACCAGCUGGUCCGGGGCCGGGCAGCAGUGGGAGGAGCAGCCGGCGCGCGCUAGCGCGGAAUCCACGGAGGCCGACGAGACGGCCGCCCCGGCGGGCGGCGGGGUGUUCGGCAAGGACGCGCCGAUGAGGGAGUUCAAGAAGCUGUACGGGCUGAUCAAGAUCAGGAGCCGGAGGGAGGGCGCCGGCGUCGCGCCACUGGAAGGCGACGCGCACGGGCCGCCGACGCCGGGCAACCACGACAGGGAGCGCUGAUCACUUCCUGCUGCUAGAUGGUGGUAGAAUUGUAGUGGCCACUGGCCAGCCAAAAAAAAAAAGCCAUUUUGUUUUGUUUUCUUUCUGUUGCAAUUUACGCUAGUUAUUAGUGACUGGGAAGAAAUACAGUCGGAGGAAGAUAAAACUGGAGGACUGAGUGAUGUACAUGCGAGGCAGUCUUGUCAUGUGUGGUUUCAAUUCUUGCUAGCAGUCAGACAAUUUUCCUGCUACAUCAGGGCCAAAGAAAAACAAAAGUAGUGGAAAAAAUGGGAGAAGUUCAUGAAGUUCGCUCAGAAUUUUGUCUGCAAAGUAACCACUUGGUAGGGCAUCUACAUCAAA